UGGCAUGUCUUUUCGGUGCAGCCGAUCUCCGAGGUCGCACGGGGUCAACUUGGAGGAGACGUUGAGAUAUGAGGAGAGUAACUUUGGAUCUAGGUUCGCAGGCGCAAUGCAGGAGAUGAGAAGAGAAGGCAAAUUGUGCGAUGUCAUCAUUAAAGUAGGAGAAAGACGCUUCUCCGCGCACAGACUGGUAUUGGCAGCGUGUAUUCCCUACUUCCGCUCUAUGUUCACUCUGGGCAUGGCGGAGGACGACCAACAGGAGAUCCAGAUAGACGAGGGAAGUAUAGACGCCAUUGCAAUGGAGACCUAUAUCAGCUUCGCGUACAACGGCAAGCUACUCAUUACACUAUCAAACGUGCAAUCAUUAGUCACAGGUGCCUGUUUCCUGCAACUCACUGCAAUCAAAGACGAGUGCUGCAGGUUCAUGCAGAACAACAUACACGUCAACAACUGCUUCGAUAUUCUGAAAUUUGCCGAUCUGUUUUUAUGUGAAGGUUUGCACGCCGAGACGAAAAAAUUCAUCAGAAAACACUUUGCCGAUUUUGUUCAGUCGUCUUUCCAUCUUAACAUAUCGUUUGAAGAUCUGCAUAUGUUGAUCAGUGACGAUGGUCUGAAUGUGCCGAGUGAGGAGGUGGUCUAUGAGGCUGUGAUCAAGUGGGUUGAACACGACAGAGACAAGAGGAGUCACCUGGUGUCCCAGCUGAUGGCCUGCAUCCGAUUCCCUUUAAUGAGGCCACCAUUUCUGAGUGACGUGGUAUCCUGCAAUGACCUCAUCAAGUCCUCCCACGACUGUCGAGAUCUGGUGGACGAGGCUAAGGACUUCUACCUUAUCCCAGACAGAAGGGCUGCCAUAGACCCAGUGAAGCUGAGAGGCAGAUGUUGCCGGGAACUAGUGGGUCACGUGUAUGUCAUCGGGGGACUCACCUCGGCAGGGGAUUCUGUCAAUUUCGUCGAACAUUUCGACUGUUUAAAUGAGAAAUGGAUGCCGGGUGUGCCCACCAAACUACCCCGCAGUCGUCUUGGCGUGGCAGUCCAUAACAACAGUCUCUACGCCAUCGGAGGGUACGACGGGUGUCGCCGACUGGACAGUGUCGAGAGGUAUUCUCCUCUAGUGGAGGGAGGAGGGGUUCCCAUUUCGGGGGGAUGUUGGGAAAUGUGUCCGAGUCUGAACACCAAGAGAAGUGUGCUGAGUGCGGUGGUGGUGAAGGACACUAUCAUCGUGUGUGGCGGAUACAAUGGAAUUGCAUCAUUGAACACGAUCGAGCUCUACAGUCCUUUGGAGGACGACUGCUGGAGGGUGGGGACUCCAAUGUUGAAGGCGAGGAGUGCGACUGGCUGCUGUGUGCUGGACGACAGGUAUCUGUUUGCAAUCGGAGGCCACGAUGGACUGAGCAUCUUCAAGAGCGUGGAGAUGUUCGACGCUGAGAGCCAGGACUGGGUUAUGGUUGCUCCUAUGAUGUCCAAGAGGUGUAGACACGGAGCGGCAGUUCUGAACGGGAGAAUCUACGUGUGUGGAGGCUACGACGGAAGCAAAUUCCUGUCAUCCUGUGAAGUGUACGACCAGUAUCCCAAUGCAUGGUCCCCCAUUGCACCCAUGCAGUGUGCCAGGAGCCGCGUAAGUGUAGUGGCCAAUGGAGGCAGACUGUAUGCCCUCGGAGGUUUCGACGGAACUUCGAAUCUGAGUUCGGUGGAGGUGUACAACCCGGAAUCGAAUACGUGGGAGUUUACGACUAGUAUGAUUUGCCAUGAAGGAGGAAUCGGGGCUGCCGUCUUGAAUAAAUGAACAUGUGGUCAAUGCGAAGAUCUCAUUCUUUGAGCUGAAUCCUAUAUUUUGGAAGUUUAUGUAUAGUUUGAUGGAGCGUAGAAUCUUCUCGAAUAUUCUCGAUCCAUGAGUAGAAGGUUGUCAAAAACACUAAUUUGUUUGAAGGAUACAUUCUUCUAUUCGCCACCUUGAAAACACAAAACAAUUCUCCUUGCUUAUUUAUUAGAAACACAGCUUUAGUUUGUAAAUGCAAAAUUAUAAGGACGGAUUUCUAGAUGAGGGCGGAGAGUUCAGUUUUUUUUAUUUCUGAAGCAAUUAUACUUGAAUAGACCCCAGCAAUCAGCAGAAUGUUAGAGCUGUUAAGAUUGUCAGCAAAUCUUACGGACUACUCUGCAGCCAAGUUGAACGAUAUAAUCACUAUUCUCCCGAAGAUAUUAAAAUCCGUCCUUGGUUCGAUCCUAAUCACUCCUUCAGUACUAAUUUAGAUACGGUGCUUAUUUUCAAUGCGUUUAUUUCUCCGAUUAUUGAUUUCAUUUUCGUAGCUGGUGUGAAAACAUAUGUAUUUAUUCUUAAUUAUCAAACCUGCACUUCAAUCAAUUUUUCCUCGCCAAUUAGCUUCAAUUAUUUGAGUUUUUCCGAUUCCUGGAAACAA